AUGGUGCUGGGUGUGGCGAGGCUCGCACCGGGGUCGCUGGUGGAUCCGCCGGCCGCGAGAGCAGAGCGGAGAUCGCCCCCACCGGCAUCGGGCGGGAGGACACCCGCGCCCGCGGCGUCGAUGGGUGGCGAAGGGUCUGCGGCAAGCGCGGACACGCUUGUGCAGACGGCCUCGAGGCGCCAGGCCGACCCGAGGGUGACUCCCUCGGGCCAGUCGUCGGGAGGUGUCAGCGUGCCGCGGGCCCGGGGGAGCGGCACGGGCAAGCGCAGCAUGAGCGCCCGGUCGGGGGCCACCACAAGGAAUGCGGCCCGCCUCGCGCCGACCAAGGCCCUCAAGACCGAGCCGCACGCGACGCCGCACACGACACCGAAGCCCCCGAUCGGAGUGGACCCGGUCUUAGAGGCGGGGGCUGUAAAGCUCCCAGAAAUGGUGGCUCAGGGGGCCGUGGAGGCCCAACGGGCCCGAGCACAAGAGGAAGGAGGCGGCGCUGGUCAGGACGACGCCGCGGCGGCCGCCCGGGCCAACGCCGAGGAGGAAGCCGGUUGGGGUGACACGAAAAGCGCCGCCCGGCCGGGAGCAGGAGAAGGAGGGGUUGGUGGGGACGCACAGGAGCGCCCUGCCGGCCAAAGAGAGGAAGAGACCCCCGCCCCCGAGCCCUCGAGGGCUGGGGUCGAGGGUGCCACGGUGGAGGAGUCGGUGCCACUGGAGGAAAAGACCUGCGUCCCAGAGCCCGCGAGGUCCGGGGACGAGAGUGCUGCUGCAGCGGCGCCGGUGCAAAUGGCACCGGAGAACAUUGAGCUAGUGGUGGAGCUGCCGCUGAGUAGCGACGAGUAUGGGGACCCGAGGGACAUCGAUCCGGCUACUGCGACCAGCGUCACCAAUCGGAUCGUCGAGUUCAUUUCGGUGUCUGAGGAGAUCCUCGGCGUGGGAACGUCCGAGGGGCCCGGUCAUGGGGCCAACUACGCGAUCGUUCAGUUCGUGGUCCCCUCAAAGUUUCUUUGCUACGAGAAGGAGGAGGAGGGGGCCUCGAACGCGCUAUAUGAGCGGCUGAGGGAAAUCUCGCGCAACAAAAGCGCCGAGCUGGUCCGGUUGUACUCCCAGGCAACCGCCGCCACACUCUCCGGGACCCUUACUGAGAGGGAUGCCGCCCUUGCGAAGCAAGAGGCGGCUGCUCGGAGCACAGAGACCGAGGUCAAGGAGAAGGAGGCCUCCUUGUCCACCCUCCAGGAGCAAGCGAACGCCACGCUGGCUCGGCUGGAGAAGGUGCAAGGAGACAUCAUAGAGCUGAAGAAAGCGGUGGCGGACGAGACCGUGUCGAAGGAGGCUGUCAACACCGCGCUCACGGCGACGCAGGACGAGUACGCAGAGCUCGAGCAGGCCGCCGUGGCCGUGUGCCAGGAGCUCGAGGAGGAGGGUGCCUUGUCUGGCAGCUCGGUGGCCAGCCGCCUGCGAUCGCUGGGCGGUCGGGUCGCCGAGCAUGCCAAGAGCACUUUCCGCCUCGGUGUCCAACGAGCCCUCGCCGUGGCCUCGAUGCAUUACGACAUGGACCUCCAGCUAGUGUCGUCGGGGUACGCCGUUGCGUCCGGCAUCAGUGCGGACGCCGCGUUAGCUGCCAUGGAUGACGCCGACGCCGCCGUCUUGCCCAAGAAGCUCGAAAAUGACAUCUCCCCCAUAGCCGACCUCGACGCCAUUGAAGAUCCGCAAGGGGGAGAGGGCAAUCUAUAG